AUGACUAACGAGUCGCCUGACGAACUCCGACUUCGUAUACAGCAGGAGUUGGUUGCCAGUGGCAAAUACCAGGAGAUAUACAACUUACUUAAGGUGGAGCUCGUGAACUCUGGGUGGUUUGAUAAAUUUCGCGAUAUGACCAACGACACUAUCAGUCCCAAAGGAGAAAAUGGUGAUUUGAAAUUCGGAGAGAUUGUUGGCCAGUUGGAAGGUAAGGGCUUUGAGAUGGUCCCUGACGAUGUCAAGGUAAAAGUGUUACGCAAGAUCAAGGAGUUUCUAGAUGGCGUCGUCGAAUAG